GAAGCUGCGUCGACCAUGAAGAUUCCAGCAAUACUCGUCACGUCCCUGCUGGUUUGGGGUGGUCUGUCCGAGGGCCACGUGGUGAAACGAGACACACAGCCGAAGCCGCCCGGUCAGGUACUCGGCGAUGGGUCCGACGCGCUCGGUGCUUCUGUGGAGAACGCGAUCAAAGCGGCCAGAGCGACGGCCAACGUGGGCCUGAAGUUGGAGUUGGGCGAAGCUGCGCAAGCUGCAGCCGCCGCCGCUGCCAGUCAGGGUAAAAGCACGCAGGCCGCGGAGGCUGGAGCAAGCGCUGCGAUUGCCGCUGCUAUAGCCAAGAGCGAGAAAGCCAUCGAGGCGAGCGCGCUAGCCAGCAAGCUGUUGACGAAUGCGGCGCAGGCCAGCGAAGCGACAGUUUCGGCGACGAAGAGGGCAGCGCAAUUGACGGGCGCAGCAAGCGCCGCUGCCAGAGCUUCUGCAGCGGCGGCCGAGGCUUCCACCGAGGCCCAGGCGAGAGCCAACGCCGAGGCAGCCAUCGCGGCGAAAGCUUCAGCAGCUGAAGCGGCAGCUGCGGCGGAAGCUGAAGCUAGAGCGUCAGCUGCCAGCAAAGCGGCCGCCAGCUUUUUGGCCAAAGCUCGAGCAGCAGCUAGCGCCGAGUCCGAGGCCACCAGGCUCACAGCCGAGGCCCAAGUCGCGCUGGCGAAGGCUAGGGUCGCCGUCGAGCAGUCGCAGAGCGCUCAGGCAAGUGCCACUGCUCAGGCUGCCACGGCUGUUCAACUGGAAUCACAGGCGGCGAACGCGGAAGCAGCCGCUGUGGCGGAAGCUGAAACUCUCCUGGUCACGGCAGAAGCGGUCGCCGCCGCGGAGGCUGAGACAGCGACCAGAUCUGCCGCUUGGGCAAAGAGCAUCAUCGGCGAGAAGAAGAACCUGUUUGUACAACUGCACCCCCCUGUAUAUAAUCGACUCGCGCCAGAAGAGUCGGCAUCAAUCGGCAAAGUCCCAUCGACCAUGCAGAUCCCAGCGGUUCUCGUAACGUGCCUGUUCACAUGGAGCCUGGUACAUGCAGGUGGCGAGGAGGUUGUCCUGAAGGAGACGCGCCUGUUGAAAAAUGUGGAGAUUAGCGCGAAACGAAAGGAGAACGGCGCCCCGAUACUUGGCAAGGACGUACUUCCGUCUCUGGCGGCCAUCAAGGAGAGCGCGGCUGCAGAGGCCAAAGCAUCGGCCGAGGCGAAGGCUUCCGCUUUGGCUCUCGCCGAGGCGUUGCUGAACGCGUCGGCAGCGGCCGCCGCUGCAUCGGCCAAAGCUGCUGCCGCGGUGAAGGAAGCAGAGGAGGCACAACUUCUGGCCCAGGAGAAGGCUUUGGCCGCGUUGAGAGCUCAGUCCGAGGAACAGGCUGCUUCUGCACGCGCGGAUGCCGCAGUCGCGGCCUCAUUGUCCGCGCUGUCGCGCGCCCAAACAUCGGCCAACACGGCCACCACUGCACAGGACGUCUCCAGCGAUUUGGAGAAACGAGUGGCCUCGUUGGCCGCUGCCGAGGCAGCCGCCGCCGCCAGAGGGGCAGACGCUGCCGCGCAAUCGAAAUGGUGGGCCACACUGGCCGCUGAGGUCGCCGCCGCUGCAGCCGCUUUGGAGACGAAAGCCACCGCUUCCUCGCAAGUUGCUGCUGCCGCUGCCAGUAAGACCACCGCGCUAGCUGCCGAUGCAGCGAGCGCAGAGGCUGCCGCCGAGGCGGAGGCGCAGACUGCUUCCAGGCUGGAAGGCAGAGCGGCUGCCGAGGCAUCGGCUAGCUGGGCCAGAGAGGAUUCAGCAACUGCCCAACUGGAAGCAUCAGCGGCAGCGGAGGCCAGCGCAGCCGCGGCUGUCGGUGAUGGGGUCAUCUUAGGACUUGAAAAGUCCAGCGGUUCUGCUGCUCAAACGAUCGUUCAGGCACAGGCUUCCGAGGUUAAAGCGUAGAAGUGAAGUGGCAUCCGAAACGGGGGACGAAGAGGAAGUCUCUCUUCUUGGACGAUUUUGAGAAAUUUGCACUGGAAACGGAUAGGAGAUUUAUAUAUUUGGAUGUAUAGUUAGAAAACGACCAGACAGUGUCGAUUAAAAAUUAAGAGUAGCAUUGGCGUUGUCGAAGUGAGCUUACCCACGUGAUAAUAAAGGUCCAUUAUUUUA